AUGCCUGUUUAAGCAGAAAAUAAAUUACGCUACAAAGGUCCUGCCGUACUCAAUCAGAAAUCCGCAUCCAAAUCGUUCCUAUUUUUUGUACCACAACAUAAAAAAUCACGCAUCAAUGAAUUCCUAUCUAAUAAUGCACUAAAUGAUUACUUUGUAUGGAAGAUUAAUGCGGCAUUUGGUCUAACGUGGGCCCAAGCCAUCGUCUCCGAAUCACUACCUGCUCCCAAUCGACCUCCUCGGGGUAGGGGUCGCAAACGAGGCCGAGGUGUGGGCCGAAAGUCGUACAACUUGUCGUCUACACUACAGCCUGACAUUAUUGUGGAAUUGGAUGAUGAUGAUGAUCAGAAGGCGGAUAAUUUUGACAACAUUAGCUGCAAAGUCAGCAAGAACAGUGUCCACAACGCUUAUGACCUGAAUGCAGGCGUCAUUUCCGCUACUAGCGGCUCAGGAACCACUUCUAGUUCUGUUGGAUUGCAAGUGUCGUCACUGAUGGCUCAAGUAGCUGCAGACACAUCUUACCAGCAACUACAGCUGUCUGGUCAUCUUACCGCCAUCCCAUCCCCAUUGUCUCAACAGUCGGGUCAAGCAAACCAACAAAUGGCCAUGACGCUGCAACAUCUUCCCGUCAGUCAGGCAACCCAGCCUAUUUUGCAAUCUAGCGGUCUAUUGGUUCAUACUAGUCCAUGCGCUCCACUUUCUAUCGGCUGCUCCAACCCUUCCUCUGCUUCCGCUGAGGGAGUCGCUCUUGCGAAUUCCCCACCGCCUUCAUCACAAGCAUCAUCGACGACCACCGGAAUGGCCGGACACCUGUUGCCGGGCUUGAGUCUCGCUCAGGCGUUAACUUCGACUGCCUCAAGUCGAACAAGAACACCGCGCAAACAAAAACGUCCUGUGGGAUUGACGCGACAGCAACAACAGCUGCAAAUUCAACGCCAAUCGGCCAAUUUGAUGCCGGUGCUUCUUGUCUCCGAGCCAAAUGACCAGCUUUCGCAGUCAGCUCUCUCACCACAGGCCACCCACUCGUCUACCUCACCUGUCCUUAUCUCUUCGCCUCUCGUCAAUAUUUCCGGUUAUCCGGGCCAGUUAAUCAUUUCGCCCGGCCAACAGCACCAGCAUUUGAUGCAGCAACAGCAACAGCAACAGCAUUUGGCCCAAUCAGCCUGUACAGAAACCAUCUCCUCUGCUUCUGGACAGCAGCAACGAAUUCAUUUUACCGUUGCUUGUACUAACGCCACUAGUUCUGAUGCGGCUAUCUCCGUCGCCAAUAGUGCAUGCACUACUCAUUCUGUGGAACGGCCCUUGUCUGCACUUCCAAAUGAGGUUUUACAGGUAUAA